GUGAUUGACAGUUGGCGAACGACUGCGGACGGCGCAGGAUCUAAACGCUAGGCGCUUCCACGCUCGCUCGCUUCUUCGGUUGCUCGACGGCGUACGGUCGCACGCCCGGUGUUAAUACUUUUUAUCACUGAAAACGUUAACGCGGCAUUUGUAAUCUGUUGUUGUUGGAUUACUUUCUCAAAUACAUCCACAGUUUAUUAACAUAAAUCGUUUAGUUUUUUGUUGUCAAUUAAAGCCCAGCCUUCAAAAAAUUGCAACAUAAUUUUUUGGGCUCUAAUCAGUUUGUUGUUCAGUAAACAGUAACACGUAACGUAUUCAAAUAAACGCGCGCCAAUCGGAGUGGUAAGAAGCGCCGAGUUUAAAAAUAUAAUAAUUAUUAUAUUUUCCCGCGUUUUUAGUUGGUUUUAAUAAGUGUCUCGUUUACGCGCGCGAAUCACGAGAACCUUUUCGAGUGUUUUACUGCUCGGAGUAGAUCAAGCACAUUUAUUUUAAAUUCAUUUAAAGUUGUAUUUUGAGUGAGAUAUUUUAGACAAUCGUGUCCGGAUUAAUUGCUGGAUACUAUUCACGGGCAUACAUAUAUACAUAUAUAUAUUAUCAGCGGCCCCGCGUGCUCGACCGGCUACUUAAAGCCAAGGAGUAUUAUUCCCCCACCAUUGCAGCACUACUAUCGACAACGACCUCAGCCCCCCUCAGAAAAGUUAGUUGUUACACAUCACGGAUCCGAGGAUGUAUAAUAACUCGUGCACAGUGACAUCGUGAUCUUUGUAUAAUAUAUUUGGUGAUGAAUGAGUGAAUAAAUAAAUUUCGUCGCGUAUAAUUAUUAUUAUUAUUAUCAAUUAUUAAUUAUUAUUAUUGUCAUUAUUAUAUUUAUAUUUAUAUUGUUGUUGUUUUUAAUUUGAGCAACCCGACGACGUGUUGAGCUUGUCAAUGCGUUUGACAGGUAAUAAAUAUAUAUAUAAAUAUAUACCAGUACGGUGAUUAGUAGUGCGCGGGACAAGCGUUUAACGUGUGAUUUGUUAAAUGGAGUAAGUAAUGAGCUUCUCAAAAACGGUUUGAAAGCUAUAAUAGUACCAGCAUUAAUAUAUCAAUAUAAUUGUGUCGCAAGUAUUUUUAAACAAAUAUAUAUUCAUAUCUACGGUCAGUGAAACAAAGUUUUGCGUGUGUUGAUGCCGUGAUACUGAGCUCUAUUUAUCGCGGGAAUUAUUUAUCAGUAGAUUACUAAUUAAUUACGGACAGAACAGUGCGGAUAAAUAAAGUGAGCAAGGAUGAGACAGCACGGGAACACUGUUGAUAGUUCGUGUACGACGUACUGCUGACGUCGGCGGCCCUAACAGCCGUCAGUAUUAACUGGGAGCAUUGUUGUUGAUUAAUUUUUGUAUCAACAAGACCAAGUCCUGGCAAGCCCGGUGGAGGGCGGAGAUCAACGCGGAAUAUCUGCCGCGAGGAUCUCACACGAGAUUAAAUUCAGUGGCUCGACGGACCACAUCGUCCUCAUUUUUAACGCCCGUUAUUUUUAAUCAACCUCUCAAAGUCUCAGUACUCACUCACUGGUGUUUUAUUUACGUAAUAAACAAAUAUUUUAAGUUAAGAACAGUACGGUGGGAAUUUAUUUAUUUAUUUAUACAAAACUUAACUUAUUAAUAAAUACCUCAUUGUAUUGCGGGAAAAUAGUAAAUAGAGUUGUGUGCAGGAGAGUGUGUAGUGUGAAGUGAGACUCGUCGUUUAUUGUGAGAAAAUAUAGCCGCUACGGUGGCUCAGCACGCAGAGUUCCCCGGCGCGGCCAGGGCGUUCAUGGCGCAGCCAAGGUAUGACGAUGGCGGGCUGCACGGGAAUUAUCUCGAGGGUGCUGGGGGUGGUGGGGGUGCAGGACUGUACGACCCACACGGAGCUGCUCGAGGUAUUUCAGCCCUGCACCACAGUCCACACAUGGGUAUGGCAGGAGCACACCCCCAAUACCCACCACCUCCGCCCCAACCACCUCAGCACGUUCUUGCAGCAGCAGCAGCAGCCGCCUCGCAAGUGCCUGAUGUUCACAAACGUGACAAAGACGCCAUUUAUGGACAUCCGCUCUUUCCUUUACUCGCAUUGAUUUUUGAAAAAUGUGAGUUGGCAACGUGCACACCACGAGAACCUGGAGUAGCGGGUGGUGAUGUUUGUUCGUCUGAAAGUUUCAAUGAGGAUAUUGCAGUCUUUUCUAAACAGAUCAGACAAGAGAAACCUUACUACAUUGCAGACCCGGAGGUGGAUUCGCUGAUGGUUCAAGCGAUCCAAGUCCUCCGGUUUCACCUCCUUGAGCUUGAAAAGGUACACGAGCUCUGCGACAACUUCUGCCACCGGUAUAUAAGCUGUCUGAAGGGUAAAAUGCCAAUUGAUUUGGUGAUCGACGACCGAGAGAGUUCGAAGCCACCAGAACUGGGUAACGGUCUGGACGGUGGACCAAGAAGUACAGCAGACAGCACAAGCCACACAGACGGUGCCAGUACACCAGACGUUAGGCCACCGUCCUCGUCACUUUCGUAUCCCGGCGCGGGCGCCAAUGACGACGCACGUAGUCCAGGAAGUGGUGGAACACCUGGACCUCUCAGUCAACAGGCACCCACUAGUUUGGACUCAUCCGAUCCUGACGCCAUGGGUAAAUGGUGUCCGCGUAGAGAAUGGAGUUCGCCACCAGAUGCCCAAAGAGCGGCAAGUGAUGCUGCGCGUCGCGGUGUCCUUUAUUCCUCGGUAUUUCUCGGCAGUCCUGUUUCAGGCGAUGCGAGUAAUGCGAGUAUCGGCAGUGGCGAAGGUACGGGCGAAGAGGACGACGAUUCGUCGGGCAAGAAAAACCAAAAGAAGAGAGGCAUCUUCCCCAAAGUCGCCACCAACAUCCUCAGGGCGUGGCUAUUCCAACACCUCACGCAUCCAUAUCCCUCGGAAGAUCAAAAGAAACAGUUGGCUCAGGACACGGGGUUAACAAUUCUUCAAGUCAAUAAUUGGUUCAUUAACGCGAGACGCAGAAUUGUCCAGCCGAUGAUUGACCAGAGCAAUCGAGCUGUGUUUCCGCCUUUGUCCGCAGGUCCAAGCGGAGCUUACAGUCCAGAAGCUACAAUGGGUUACAUGAUGGACGGACAAGCGGCCAGCAUGAUGCACCGACCCCCUGGUGACCCCACCUUCCACAACCAGUAUCACUAUCCUCCAGAAUACUACGGCCAUCACUUAUAAAGUUGAACGCCUAGAUAAAUGGAGAAGCACCGUGAGCAAAAGUAAAAGAAACAACAAACAAAUACAAUAAAAAAAAACAAAAAAAAACAAGUAAUGGGAUGAAACCUGGUAUCUAUCGAUCGACCGGAAAUGACGCACGUCUCGGGAGUUGGUUGCUUCAAUCGUGAAACUAAAAAGACCGACGAGAAAGCUUGAUGAAGAAUAAAGUAAAAAAAAAAUUAGUGAACAAAAAACCUAAAUAAUAAAAGUUUAAAUAAAGAAGAAAAAUAGUCAAGCCAAACUCGAUUUACCAGAUUCGAGAGAAUCGUAAACGAAUCUCCGCGACAAGAUGAAGUGGCAACGAGCGAGAACCCGAAAUAAUAAAAAAUAAAAGUAAAAUAACAACAGCAACAACAAGUACUGGGUAGACUUUGUUGGUUGCUGUCGUUCCGAGUCGUAUCAGAGGUAAAAAGAUACAUUCACUCUCAAAUGUACACAUGAACCGUACCUAACCGAAGAUAUACUCGUCUCUCAAUAAACGAUACGAGUUACCCAUCACUAUAAAAUGAAACCACGAACUUAAGGCAGACACUAAAAGGCGAAUCGAAAAUAAUAAAAUAUAACUUGCGGCCAAAGGUUUUAAGGAUUUUAAAAUAUAAAAUAAAAGUAAAUAAAGUGAUGUUCGGUUCCCGUGGAGGGAAAUAAUUCAUGUGAUUGUUCUUUGUACAAAUAUUGCGGUGUAAUAUUGUAGUGAUUGAUGAUAUUAAAUGUUAAAUUUUAAUACUAUCGCAAUCGAGAGACUAUACAAUUAUAUAUAAAUAUAAAUAUAUAAAUAUAUAUAGGCAAUUAGCGGGCAUGUACAUUACCUGGUGUUCGCACGAGAUAUGUCUGCGCUCGUGGCUUCUGCGGCGCGAACGUCGCUCCGAGUGUUGACUUGAUUUAUCUGAAAAAAUAAAUUUUAAAACAAUUAGUUAAUUAAUAAUUAUGAUUAUUAAUUAAUAAAUUAAUUAGUUAACAAAUACUCGGCGUGGAAGCAUCAAUAAAAUUUUCUUAAGAUUUAGAUCGAGCGUCGGCAUUCUCAAGACUUAGGUGACAUUAAAAUUUGUACAGUUAUUAUUAAUAAUUUUAAUUAUUAUUAUUAUUAUGAAUAUUAAUAUUAUUAUUAUUAUAAUUAUUAUUGAUAAUAUUAAAUAAACCGAAGUAACUAUAAAUAUACAUAUAAAUGCGCUGAAUCCUCUCGUUGUAAUAUAUAUAAUUAAAAAACUAAAUAAUGAAUUAAAAAAAGAGUAAUGGUUUUAAUAAGAGCGUUAAUUACGCUUGGGUAGAUUAAUAAAUGGAAUGAUUAAAAAAUAAUAAUAAUAUUAAUAAUAAUGAUAAAUAAAUGAACGAGGGUUUUGCGAUUAAGUAAUUGAUUAUAAAGUAAAGGCUAAAUGGGGAAAAAUAUGUUCUCGAUCGUCUCAGAGUCCGACUCAGCUAGACGAAUGCCACACUGCUCGUCCUAGAAAUAAUAAUAAAACAAAUAAAUAUGAUAAUUAAUUAAUAAAUUAAUUAUUGUAAUUUAACUUAUAAUAUAUUGUGUAUAAAUAGUUAAUUCAAAUUGAGCUCGAGGCAAGAUGAGGCAUCGAUGAAUGAUAUUAAAUUAUAGAGAAUGACUUUUAAAAUUUAUAUUUACGAGAGAAUAUUAACAGAGAGUAAGAGUAAGAGUAAGAGUGUGAGUUAAAUGAUUAUUAAAUGAAGAGCAGUGUGUUAAUAUUAUGUAUGCGGGUGAGUUGUGUGUGAAAGUAAAUUUAAUGAUUGAUGAUUGAUCAACACAUUAAUGAAUGUUCUGCCCGAAAUUUAUACGAGAACGUACAAAAAUGAUUUAUUAUUCACGGACGAUCGAACGGAUAUUUUACGAAUUUAUGAAAAAAAAAACUAAAGUGAAAAUUUGUUAAAUUUUAAAAUUAAUGUUUUAUUGGCAUUUACAUGAUAGUAGAUACGGCAUAUCUACAUGAUUUUACUGAUGACUGUCAAAAAUAAAUAUAAAUGUAUGUCCACUGUAUAUCAGAUGAAUUUCCUACACUUGCCCAAUCACAAUCCGUUCCUUAUUAAUAUUAUUAUUAUUAUUGCUAUUAUUAUUAUUGUCCUUACGCAUCAGAUCACUAUCGUCCCUUAUUCUCGCUUCUCAAAGACGUCAAAGUAUUUGUGUAUUUAUAAAUUAAUACAAUCAUCCAUAAAAUACGUAAACUAAAAUUACGAAGGAGUAUUUGGAUGUAUAAAUUUAUUUUAUAUUUAUUUAACCUUUAAACGGCAACCCUAAAAAUUUUCACGCUACGGGUAAUGCCGGUCUGACAGACCGCUAUCAGAAGUACACUCGGGUUUUUAACUUUUGAAAAAAGGAUUUUAUCUAUUACAUGAAUAGAACUAUAUUGUCAUGAAAAAGACAUUUUGAUCCGUUGAUGACGUCACUAUUUGAACGAUUAGGUACCCAGGUCAAAAACAAAACUUGAUUCAGGCUCGCUUCGCCUUAUUUUCUUUUGAAGUUAUCGGUUUGCUGACGAUUUUUCGAUAAGAUCUCAACUUUUUUCCAACUUUUUGAACUUUUUUCAUCUCAGUUUUGACUUAUUUGUAUUUUUUGAUCUUAGUUUGAACUUAUUCGUCUUUACUUCGAGCACGAUAGUCAUUCUCCUUACUUUUGACUUGCUGAACCAAGUCGAAAAAAAGUUAUUUAUUCGCCUUACUUCCACCUCAAUAUAUAAAAAUUAUUUCACCUUAGUUUUGACUUUUUCGCCUUAUAAUUUAAGUCGAAUAAGUCUAAACCAAGUCAAUUUCGACUUGAUUUCAUCUUUUUCGUCUUCAGUCGUGACUAAGUAAGCUUGUUAAGUCUAAACCAAGGCGAAAACUCAAUGUAUUUCAUAUCUCCGUAAAAAAAAUCAAGUUUGUCUUAUGGAAAACGGCUCCAAAUUUCGGCUUGGUAAACCAAGUCUAAAUCAAGUCUUAUUUUUGACCCGGGAAGUUAAUGAUACUAAAAACUUUAUUUAUUUUGAAACUUCACAUUAAUUAAUAUUUUAACCCAAGCAUGUUAAACAAAGUUUUAUUAAUUUUAAAUUCGAUUAGCGGUCUGUCAGACCGCGAUAACCGUUUAAAGGUUAAUGCUAUGGAUAAUAAAUUGAUAGGUUUUUAUAAAUUUUAAGUAUGAAAUCUAAAAAAUUUUUUUAAUAGAUUAAUGUAAUAAUUUGGCUCUAAUGUCCUGAUGUUUAUUGCUGUAUUUACUUAUUAACCUCACGUACUUUGCGCGGCGAGAUAAAGGUCACUGAUAAACUAUAGAUAAAAAAAAUAUAUAAAUAUUUUAAAUACGCCUACACGACAGGAAUUAAUAGUGUAAAGUUUUAUUAAAACAAAUAUGAAUCAUUUAUAUAAAAUAUAUAUGUAUAUUUAAAUGUUUUCAAUACGCCGAUAGUUGAGUAGAGACGCGGUAAUUUAUUUAAAUUUAAAUUUGAAUUUAAUUUAAUAAAUAAACAUUUUAGUGAAACAAAAUAAAAAAAAAUAAGUGAUUACUGUAUUUUGUUUGUCUACAUGGUUCUAUAUAUUUAUACACAUAUAUAGAUUUAUCUCAAUGAUAUUAAUAAUAAUAAUAAUGAUAAUAUUAAUGCUGUGAGCUCUACAAAAUUACUCGGUGUUUUAGUAUACUAAACAAAUACCCACGUAUACUGAAAGACUCAGGUGUGAAUGUCUACUAUGUAAUACCGUUCAAUGGUUUUUGAUUAAUUGGCGUUAAUCGUGUCCGUCGUUCGUGUCGUCAUCGUCAUUAUUGUGUAUGCCGAUUAAUCAUAAUUUACUAAUAACAAGUAAAAAAAACGUAAAGUUACAAUGAAUUUAAUUUAAAAAUUAUUAUUAUUAUUAAAAAAAAUUAAUUGAAAAAUAUUUAUUUCAUUUUUCAAACCUCCCCUAAAAAAAUUACUCCCAAAUUAAUUUUUAACCCUCGGAGUACACUGGGGGUCAUUUUGACCUCAGAAUUUUUUUUAUUCUAAAAUAUUUCUCGUUAGGUUUGAUUUUAAUUAAUUUUUUCACCGUUAAAAAUUAGUUAAUUCGAAAGAAUGAUAGUUGUAUUCAAAAGAGCAUUGUUUUACCUACAAAAAACGUCGUGAACUGCAUUCUGAUAAAAUGCAUAGUUUUUGAGAUAUAAUUCUUCAAAAGUGAAGUGGGGUCAAUUUGCCCCCGCGUGUACUCCGAGGGUUAAUUUAAAAAUUAUUAUUAUCAUUAAAAAACAUAAAAAAUUAAUCAAAAAAUAUUUAUUUGAUUUUUGAAACCUCCCAAUAAAAUUUUUAAUUAUAAUUUAAUAUUAUAAACAAACAUGUGUCAAAAUUAUUUAUGAUAAGGAUAUAAUUUAAUGGAUUAUUUAAGAUUUUAAAAGUGAUUGUAAAUUAAUGUACAUUGAAAGUAAAAAAUCAUAUUACGGAAGUAAAUCAGCGAGGACACAAAUAAAUGGAAAUAAAUUCAAUAAAAUUUAUAAUUUAUAUUACGUGAGUUAAUAAUAAUAAUGAGUAUCAUCUUAUUGUCAAGUGGAUAACAAGAGUGGCAUAAUAAUUUUUUACGAAUUGUAUUUGUUGAUCAGUAGAUUGUUUAAUUUUGUUGACAGUUCACUCUUUUAUGUACUCGUACAAUGACAUGAUACUGCUUAUUAAAUAAAUAAAUAAUUAUUUUACUAUUGUUUGAAUUGUUAAUCAUAUUUGUAUUUAUAUUUGUAAUAAUAAUAAAACUAUGUAUUGUAACAAAUGAAAUUUCCAUGUCACUGCAACUAAUCAUUUUAUUUAUAUAAAGCCAAUACUCGAUGAGUAUUUAGCUGUAAUUUUUUAUAUCGAAUGACUUUCUUGAGAUUUAUUGUUAUUAGACUUAGCGAUCGGAUCUAGUUGAGUUACUAGUCUUCGAGAGUGCGUUGAUGGAUUUUGUGCAAUUGAUGCAGUGCUUUGGGAAUAUAUUUUAUGAGUUUUUAAAUUUUUUAAGAUCUCGAUAAUCGAAAUAUGAUUAACAAAAUUUAAAUGUAAUAAAAAUAAUUGUUAUGAUUUGAUAAUUAAUUUUGUUGGCAUACGCAAAGUGACGAUUAAAAAAAAAUGUACGCUCGACAUAUUGGCUGUUCGUUGAUAAGAAAAUGAGUUCAUACGAUUGAAUCAUCGCCUUAAAAAUGUAUACGAAAUAACAAGUAAGUUAUUCUAAGUAAUAAUCACGUUAGAGGGUUUUAAACAAAAGUAUAAAAACUAAAUCAAGUUUUUAUGCGCCGCGAUCUUGAGCGACCAGGCGAAAAUGCACAUAUAUAUGGAUGUAUGUAUGUAUGUAUGUAUAGAUGUAAGUAUGAAAAUAAUGUGUGAUGUAUAUGAGUGCGUAAUAAAUAUAAAUAAAAAAUAUUUGCUUGAGAAUGAUUUAAAA